CAGAAAAGGAGGGAGAGCGCAGCAAGAGCGCGAGGAUAUGUAGAGGGAACGAGAGGGUGAGGGACACACAGAAAGGUUGAUCUCUGCCUUCUUUUUUUAACCAUCUGCUCACUCUCUUGCCCUUUUUGGUCGCUGGUCGGCCGCCAGUCGUCGCCGUCACCACAUCAUCUCCUGCCAUGCUCGGCUCGGCCAUCAUUGGAGGCCCUGUUUUUGCAGCAGGAAAUCUUGGAAGUGAUCAAAGGAUCGGUGAAACCACCAUUACUGAUAUCCGCCGUCGGCCAUCACCCGGAGGCCCUGUCUUGUCAAACAAGGCCAUGCCUAGGAACAAGUCUUCUGUCCGAAGUAUUUUUCCGGCUUCGAGAUCUUCCUCCAGUUUCACGUGCAUUCUGAGGUAUCGAUCGUGUUCAGAAUGCGGACGUCACUACCCUCUUCCAAGCCUUGCAGAGCAUCAACAAGCAGACCAUUCUGGGAAUGAGGAAAACUGUGUUUCGCAAGGCCAAUCACAUUUUGAUUGGUCUAAAAGCAGUGAUCUCCUGAGGAUUAUGAAAACAGAUCCUCACCCAGGGAAUCGCCCGUUGCCUAGUCGAGAUCUCCCUCCAGGAUGCGGAAAUGCGAAUUUUACCCGCGACGACGGACCUCAUUCGGAAAGAGAGAAAGUGAUCACUACUCUAACGCUGUACAGAGAUAUCUGUCGCCUGCUUGAGCGGGAAAAAUUACAAGCGGGUAAAGAGAGCAGGUGCAUUAGAAGGGUAGAUUUUCAUGCGGCAAAAGAGGUGAAGAAGAGAGUGGGUUACGUCCACGGCCAUAGGCAGUUUAUCGGAGAAGUUCCGGGGGUGGAAGUCGGGGACAAAUUCUAUUAUAGGAUGGAACUCGCUGUUGUUGGGCUCCAUCGUCCUCCUCAGAAUGGCAUCGAUUACAUGGGACCUCACCCAGACAUCCUAGCCACGAGCGUUGUCGCUUCCUGGGAUUAUGCAGAUGAUCUGACAGAUCCUAACGAGCUGGUUUAUUUGGGCGAGGGUGGAAUGCCUAGCCAUGUCAACGAGGCUGAAGAUCAGAAGCUCACUCGAGGGAACUUAGCUCUAGCGAAUAGCAUGAAGAGGAGCAAGCCAGUGAGAGUGAUCCGUAAGGAUUGGGAUGACACGUUCAAAUACGAUGGACUGUACGUGGUAGACAGGUACCGGAAGAGUAGCAGAGCUAAUAGAAAGAUGGUCUUCGAAUUUGUGAUGAAGAAGGUGGAAGUAGUCGAGUUGUCCGAUUAG